GCUGUCAGGGGGUAAAGUCAAAAUGGCGUCAGCAUCGUCGGAACCUGCGGAAAACCCAGACACUGAGCUGGAUGAGUUGUUGGACAGCGCACUGGAUGAUUUUGAGAAGACGAACAAUGCGCCCCCGGCCGCCAGCUGCGCAGCCCCGUCCGCUUCAGGCAGCGGGAAGCCGGAGAAGCCGCCCUUGCUAGAGGACAGUCAGUUCUUCGAGUCUCUGUUUGAGGGAGAGAUGUGCAGCCAGGCGAGGGAGGAGUGGGAGAGAGCGAUGGCCGAACUCGCCCAAGAGGAGCCCGAGCUCCUGCAGCACUUCCACCGGCUGUCCGAGGCAGCAGCGAGAGUGGGAACUGAUGUAGCUUCUCAGCAGGAGUUCACUUCCUGUCUGAAGGACACUCUCAGCGGAUUGGCUAAAAAUGCCGAUAACCUGCAGAGUGCGGGAUUGGCUGGUGAGGACCUCGCCAACACCCUGGAAGGGCUGGGAUUGGAUGAGAAUGGAGAAGGAGGCGGGGACGAGGGGAACAUCCUGCCCAUCAUGCAGUCUAUCAUGCAGAACCUUCUGUCCAAGGAGGUGCUGUACCCGUCACUCAAGGAGAUCACGGACAAGUACCCUGAGUGGUUGAGCUCCAAUCGUCAGUCCCUCCCCCCUGACCAGUACCGUCGCUAUGAGCAACAGCAUAAGAUCAUGGGAGAGAUCUGUAGCCACUUCGAGAGAGAGGGAGAGAGGGAAGGAGACGGAGGAGAGAACGGUUUUGAGAACAUCCUGGAACUCAUGCAGCAGCUGCAGGAUUUGGGACAACCCCCCAGAGAGCUGGCUGGAGAGGCGCCCCCCGGCAUGAACUUUGACCUGGAUUCCCUGAAUCUCCCCGGAGCCUCCGGCACAGGAGCGGCUGAGCAGUGUGUGAUCAUGUGACUCCCGAAGCAGCCAGUCAGAUGGAAGCAAAUUUUGGGGAAAGGGGUACUAGGGAGGGGAGAGAGGGAAGCGCCGCUGAUCUUUACCGAUUGCACCGCCUGCACCACACCGGGUCCCUGUGGGGUGUCUCAGCCCUCUGCCCGGUCUCUUUAAAUUCACAGCAGAAUCAAUGAAGCCCUGCCUCAAAGCGACAGCGGCUGUCAGCCUGCAGGGACAGCAUCUCUCCUCUGAUUUUCACACUGGGUUUCCACUCUAUAUGCAAUUACCAGAUUUCAGAUAAUUUACAAAAAGGCAGAAAUAUGACCCAAGUGACUGUUUGAAAUGAGGUGACAGUUGGUGAGAGAUUGAUCAGUUCUGACAGACGCGUUUCAGAGGGAAUCCCUCACUGCCUCCGGCUGCCACUGCAGCCUCUUCACUCAGUCGUCUGCAUCUCUGCGCAUCUCUGCGCAUCUCUCUGCAUCUCUCUGCAUUUCUGUGCAUUUCUCUGCAUU